GGAUUUCUAGAGGAAGCAAAAGUUCAGGAAAUUGUAUUAAAAACCUUAAGAGAAUUUGGGAUAUAAAAUUGUUGAGGCAACACAAUAUUAAAUUGCAGAUGAGCACUUUAAAAAAAGAACUGUUAAAAUAUACACACUUAGAUGUGCCAUUAAUACGUCUAAUAGCAAUUAUGAUCAAUCUUUCUCCAAAAUUGCUGAGAGGAUCGUUUAUGAUUUCUCUUUUCCUUUCUCUUUAUAAUAGUCUGAUAAAUAAUGAUUGGGUCGGGUUGUCUCAACAUGUUUAGUGCCUGAUGGAAAAUAUGAAGCCAUGAUUUCUUGGUCAAAGUUUGUAUUUUCUGAAUUAACUUCCAGACAUAUUUUAGGUAGACUUAGAGAAAACUAAAAUUUCUCUGUGUGUUUAUACUAUACUUAGAAGUAGAUCUGUUGUAAAGGUAUGCACUCCUACUUAGUCAUAGCUGUUCAGCAAAUCAUUUUAUGAGGGAGAUAGGUAUCCUCCAAAUACAGGGGGAAAGAGAUUAUCAAUAAGAAUGUGGUAUGGCUAUGAUCAGAUAAGAGUUAAGCCAAAAAACUUGGUUAAUAAUGCACUACCUCUGUUUAAUGAAGGUUUGUAAGUUAUCUGCUCCCCAAACUGCUAUUAUUUGGAUUUUUAUAAAUCAGUUGUUGCAGUUUUCACAGUCUAUGUUAUAAAGUGUGGUUUGCACAAACCCCAAAUGGUCUCUGUCUCUCCAAAUGCAGUGUGCAUUUAAGCUAAAAUAACAUCAUAUCCUCAUUGAAAAAAUGGUUUGGUUUACUAUUGUGUUGAAAGCCAUGGCUUAGUGUAAAGUGUAAAUCCUUCCAAUUUUAUAUUUAAAGAUGAAAGACCAAUCAAAGGAGUACUAGUCUACUAGUUUUAGGAAGGACUGGCAGAAAUAUUACCUUUAAAUAUUUACAUGUUUGCUCCAGUUACAACUUUCUAUAAGCAAUCAGACUUCUGGACAAUUAGCUAUUUUUCCCUUUCAGGUGAGAUGUCUGAAAAGUUAAGUAGGUGCCGUAAGGAGCUAGCAGCAGCUAUUGAUCGAGCAAUGGAAGAUCUCUCCAUUCCUUUCCUUCCUUCCCAAGAUACCAGCAACAACCAGGACUCUGAUUUGCCAAUAGUGCAGCUUUCUACACCCCCUAAUGCAGAUAUCUUUAAUUCUAAGGGAGAGGUAAUAUCUCCUACCGUGUAUUGCCCCCAGCCAUCUUCAGCAGUUUCUUCUCCUCCUGAAAAAGAGAAUCCCCUCUUUAGGUCAAAUCUCUUUCCAGUGACGGUAACCUCCAGUAUUCCAUGUACCAAACGGGAACCAUUGAUGAGCAAGGAAAAUACAUGGUUGCACCCACCCAUUUUUAUGGCUGACAAGCAGUAUUUUAUCAGCCUGCAAGACAGUGAGAAAUGGAAGAAAGGACAAGUAAGCAAAAUUGAUGAACGAUCCAUGAAGUCAGAAACAAACAUAAUUUCCUGUGAUGUUCCUCCAGAGAAUCCAAAGGAUCAGGAAGAUAUGUCUGCUGAUGAAGCCUCAGCUGUCCACCUGGGUGAGAGGAACAAUUUCAGAAAGGUCCUAGAACACAGCCCAGAAGAUGAAGCUAUCAUUGAAACCUUGUUGGAUAUGGAAGAAGAAUACAGAUUGAACAGCUCCACCUUGCACCAGCUGCACUAAGCAGGUGGUAUAAAGUGUGAGCUAUUUUACAAUUUGGUAGUAACAUUUUAAACCAUGCAAGCAAUCCUGACCUUUGCCAGAUACACAAUUAAAGAAACCAACUUUG